AUGAGAGAUCUGCGCGCCGAGUUCCUGAAGCUUGACAGACAAUUCUACAGACUCAGGAAGACGGCGGGAUCUCUGACCGUGUGCAGGUGUCACACGCCUGUCAGCCGCGUCUCCGCAAAGUCCUCAGAUUGGCGUUUCCGGGAAAUGUCGGAUUUUUGGGGAUUUCUGCAGCUUCAGGUGCGGGAAACGUUGCGACAUUUACACCGGAAAACGCACAGCGGAGCGCAAUCGUGUCACCUGAGGCUCAUCGGAGGCGUUCACUUCACAUCCCCAAUCAGGAACAAUGCAAGGCCCAGCACCGCAGAAGAGGAGAACUACAAGUCCCAGCACCAUGGGGGAGAGGAGAACUACAACAUCGCUUUGUGCGCCCCUCCCCGGGCUCAAGGAGCCGGGGGCUCGCGGGAGGAGCCACAGUUUGUGACCGCACGUGCUGGAGAGAGUGUCGUCCUAAGGUGCAACGUGAUCCACCCGCUCACCUCGCAUCCUCCGCCAUAUGUUGUAGAGUGGUUUAAGUUUGGCGUUCCCAUUCCCAUCUUCAUCAAGUUUGGCUUCUAUCCUCCUCAUGUGGACCCAGAAUAUGCAGGCCGCGCCACCCUCCAUGACAAGGCAUCGCUGCGCAUUGACCAGGCUCGCUCCCAAGAUCAGGGCUGGUACGAGUGCAAAGUGCUGAUGCUGGAGCAGCAAUACGACACAUUUCACAACGGCAGCUGGGUACAUCUGACGGUGAACGCUCCUCCGUCCUUCACUGAGACCCCCCCGCAGUACCUGGAGGUGAAGGAAGGAAGUAGCGUCACUUUAACUUGCACUGCUUUUGGGAACCCAAAGCCAACUGUCACGUGGCUGCGAGAGGGCGAGUUCCUCGGGGGAACCCCAAAAUAUCAGGUGGGUAACUGAACUUCCUGUAAUGUGGGGGGUUAACGGGCGUGUAUUGUGGGAGAAGCAGUUCACAGUACGCGGCUUCUAGUACAAGGGCCGCCUUUCAUUGUUUCCCCUCCUGAGAACAUCACCGUUAACAUUUCCCAGGAUGCUCUGUUCACAUGCCAGGCUGAAGCGUAUCCAGGAAACCUCACCUAUACCUGGAAUAGUUGUGGGAUGUGUAAAAAUCGGCUCCGCACUGUACACUUUAUGAUUUGGCGGUUGGCGUGGGAAUUUGACCUGAAGCUGAGGGUCCGGAUUCUCAUCGAUGGGACGCUCAUUAUAUUCAGGGUCAAACCAGAGGAUCUCUUGAUAAAUGGCCGGGGGCCCAUUUCUGUUUCAUCCAUCACCUUUACAGAUCCUGCACGAGUAAUCAACAUGCCACCCGUUAUCUACGUUCCGGUCGGUAUUCAUGGUCAAAUUCGCUGCCCUGUGGACGCUGUGCCGCCUGUCACCCAUGUGAAGUGGAAUAAAGAUGGCCGACCCCUGAAGAUGGACAAGCUGUCCAGUUGGAAGAUGUUGGACGACGGAUCUAUUCACAUCGAGGAGGCGACGGAAGAGUUGCUGGGCACUUACACCUGCGUGCCUUACAAUGCGCUGGGGACCAUGGGCCAGUCCCCUCCUGCACGGCUGCUGCUGAAGGACCCGCCCUAUUUCACGGUGCUGCCCGGCUGGGAGUAUAGACAAGAGGCUGGGAGGGAGCUGCUGAUUCCUUGUGCUGCUGCUGGAGACCCCUUCCCCGCCAUCUCAUGGAGAAAGGUGGGAAGACCCUCGUCCAGUAAGCACAGCGUGCUGCCCAGUGGCUCCCUACAGUUUCGGUCGCUCAGUAAGGAAGAUCACGGAGAAUGGGAAUGUGUUGCCAGCAAUGUUGUGACGAGUAUCACUGCCAGUGCGCACCUCACUGUUAUUGGUACCAGCCCACAUGCCCCUUCCAAUGUGCGAGUCGUGGUGUCCAUGAACACGGCCAAUGUGACCUGGGAGGCUGGGUACGACGGAGGAUUUGAGCAGACAUUCUCAGUUUGGAUGAAGCGCGCUCAGUUCGGGCCUCACGAUUGGGUCUCCAUGCCCGUAGCCAGCGGAGUCUCAUUCCUGCUCAUAGACUCUCUGGACUCUGAGACGGAAUAUCAGUUCAGCGUUCUUGCACAAAAUAAAUUGGGGACCAGCUCGUUUAGUGAAGUGGUCACGGUUCGGACUUUAGCCUUCCCUCUCACAACCCCGGAGCCCCUAGUGGUCUUGACCUCACCCCGCUGCCUAAUAGCCAAUCGGACCCAGCAAGGCGUGCUGCUUUCCUGGCUCCCCCCAGCCAAUCACAGCUUUCCACUUGAUCGUUACAUUAUGGAGUUUCGCUUGGCGGAGAGAUGGGAGAUUCUCGAUGACUCCAUAGCUGGGACUGAGACGGAGAUCCUAGCGAAAGAACUUUCCCAGGAGACGUGGUACGAGUUCCGGGUUCUAGCCGUGAUGCAGGAUCUCAUCAGCGAGCCGAGUAACAUCGCCGGAUUGUCCAGCACAGAUGUCUUCCCCUCUCCAGAACUAAGUGAUGAAGGUUUUGCUCGCCCCGUUCUUGCUGGAAUUGUUGCCACAAUCUGUUUUUUGGCCGCCGCGGUGCUGUUCAGCACCCUGGCAGCGUGUGUGGUCAACCGGCAGAGAAAACGCAAGUUGAAAAGAAAAAAAGAUCCACCAUUGUCCAUUACUCAUUGCCGGAAAAGUAUGGAGUCACCAUUAUCCUCUGGAAAAGUCAGUCCGGAGAGUGUUCGGACCCUCCAUGCCCCUUCAGAAUCAUCCGAGGACCAGGGUCUGCCAUCCAAGCGGCCGCUAAGUCCUGGCCGGGAGAAAGAGCUGUCCUUGUAUAAGAAGACCAAACGCGCCAUGACCAGCAAGAAGUACAGCGUAAGCCAGGCAGAAGCGGAGGUCACUACGCCCAUUGAGCUGAUCAGUCGAGGUCCAGACGGGCGUUUUGUCACAGACAGCCCAGACCAGGAGCCAGCUCUGCGCAGUCGCCGUAUACAAGGUUUUCCAUUUGCAGAGGAGACUGACAUGUACCCAGAGUUCCGACAGUCUGAUGAGGAGAAUGAUGAACCAACUGGAUUGAAGUCCCAGCUCACCCCAUUGUCAUCCAGCCAAGAUUCUCCUCUACAGCCUCCCGCAUAUAGUCCUCGGUUUCAGCAUCAGCCCUCUGAGGGAAGGCAACAGGCUUCUGGUCAGUCCCGACCUGGCGGAUACCAUCAUGGUCAUAUAUACGGAUAUCUUAGCAGCAGCCCUCGUGAUUCUGAUCCUCCUCCACCCUUCUAUAUGCCAGAGGUCAGUCCUCUUAGUUCCGUCAUGUCCUCGCCACCUUUACAUCCUGAAGGAUCUUUUCCACCCAUCCCGGAAGAGAAUGGCGAGAACAGCUCUACAAGUACCUUGCCUCUCACUCAUACGCCUACUGGGGGUCGUUCUCCAGAGCAGUGGGGAGUACCAGAGUUCCCCUUCGGAGGAUUGGAUGUUCCCCCAUCUCCUUCUAUGUUUAUCCAACACCGCUAUGAACCUGCAGAGAUGAGGCGUCCUUUGCCUCCACCACCACCAGAUCCAUUCCCACGAGGACGCCUACCUCCCAGCUCCUUGCAAGUUCCACCAUAUGCUGCCAUCUUGCCUCUGGAACCCCACCCGGGUUGGUCAGGUCGGCUUCCUGGUCGUGGCCCUCAUCCUCCUCACCCAACUUCUUGGCAGGAUGCAGCUAUGCAACUGGCUGCUCAGAGCCAGCUUCGGCACACUAGCCAAGGGAUGGGAAUCCCGGUGCUUCCAUACCCAGACAUCCCCGAGCCAGGGUCCUUUGGGAUGGAUGCUCGUUGGUUUGAGAGCCGGACACGUCCGCAAAUGAGCCCCAGACAGCAUCGUAGACUAGAGCCAAGUAUACAUCAGGUGGUGCUGCAGCCCUCUCGCCUUUCCCCACUGACGCAGAGUCCACUGAGUUCCAGGCAUGGCUCCCCUGAACUAAGUGCUAGAGCCAGGCCUAGGCCUGGCCUGCUUCCCCCACCUUCAGACUGCUCUGGCAUUGCUCUACAGCCUCCGGGCUUUUUACACAAAUCACCUCCUUCCUCUGGAUCCCCAGCAAAGAGCAGCCAUGAUAGUCCCAGCUACCGACUUACCCCACCUGACUCUUCCCCCCAUGCGGACGGACGCCGAAGAGGAGAAGAGCGCGUACACGCAGAGACAGCGGUGCUGUGCACUGCAGGGCUCGGGUUAGCUGCUGUACCUGAGAGGUCUGAAGUCAUAGAUGACCGCAUCCAUAAGCCCAAAAAAUCUAGCAAGGGCAGAUCAAAGUCCAGGAAGCACUCUGAUGGAUCCACCUCGCAGGUCCACCAGCCGGCCACAGCCAUGUAUACUGACACUCGCUGCAUCCGUAGGAAGAAGCGUCCGGCUCGACAAGACCCCCUGUCUCGCCUGUCCGCUCUGAGGGAUGAGCUUUGCCACCGUUCGCUGUCUGACGACCGGGCUGCCAUACUGACCAGCACCGAGCCCGACGAUUCCAGCGGCCACGCCACCCUUCUGUGACCAUCACAAGAGAGAGGCCUGUAUUAUGGCCCCUUUCUG